AUGAACUCGCCGGAGUUCCAAACCACCGGCAAACCACCAAAUUCCCUAAACAAAUCCCUGAAGUUUUUCCACACCCAAUUUUCUUCGCACCCUCGUUUUGCCCUCUUAAUCCUUUUCCUUUCCGCCCAAUUUUUCGUCCUUUACUUCAUGCGCCUCUCGCCGUCUUGCCUGGCCCCCGCCGUCUCCCACCGGGACGAAUGCCCCUCCGGCAAGGUGUACGUCUACGAUCUCCCGUCGAAAUUCAACAAGGACCUGUUGCUACGCAACUGCACCGACUUAAUCCACUGGAACUGGCAGUGCGGCCUGGUUACCAACCGCGGUUACGGCGGCCCCGCCGUCGAGCUCCGCGGCCUCCUGCCGGAGAAUCUCGCCGGAUCGUGGUACCGCACGAACCAGUUCGCGCUGGAGUUAAUUUUUCACCACCGCGUUUUGACCCACAAAUGCAGGACCCUCGAGCCGGAAUCAGCUGCAGCGUUCUACAUCCCCUUCUACGCUGGACUCGCGGUGGGGAAACACCUAUGGCAGAACGACACGUGGCGGAGGGACCUCCCUUGCGAGGAGAUGCUCCGCUGGGUCAAGGGCAGGAGGUCCUGGAAAAGAUCCAACGGUACGGAUCACUUUAUGUCAAUCGGACGUAUAACGUGGGAUUUCCGUCGCCUGACCGAACCGGCCAAACGCUGGGGCUCCAGUUUCCUCAACAGGGCCGAUAUGCAGGCCGUGACCCGAUUCAUCAUAGAGGGUGCCCCGGGGGACCCACGCGACGUCGGCGCACCAUACCCCACAGGAUUCCACCCCGACGACAGGGAAACCGUCCAACUGUGGCAGAAAUUCGUGCGCGAGCGUAACAGAUCCAGCCUGUUCACCUUCAUUGGGGCGGCCCGUAACUGGGUCCGGCGCGAUUUCCGGGCCCUUCUGCUCAGGUACUGCAAAAGCGAACCGGGCUUCUGUCGGCCGGUGGACUGCGACGCGGCCCAGUGUGCUGCCAACUCAUCUGUUGUUCUGGAAGCUCUGCUCGGGUCGGAGUUCUGCCUGCAGCCGAAAGGGGACAGUUUUACCCGGCGCUCGAUUUUCGAUUGUAUGUUGGCCGGUUCUGUGCCGGUUUUCUUCUGGAAACGGACGGCCUACGACCAGUACCCGUGGUUCUUGCCGGGAGAUCCGGAGAGCUACUCGGUUUUGAUAGAGCACGAGAGCGUGAGGAGUGGUGCUGGGGUUAUAAAGAGGGUUUUGACGGGGUUUAGCAAAGAGGAGAUUAGGAGGAAGAGAGAGACUGUAAUAGAGACAAUCCCCAGGAUAGUUUAUGGGUUUGGGAAUGCGGAUUUUAAGGAUGCUUUUGAUAUUGCUUUCGAUGGAAUUUUGGGGAGCAUCAAGAAAGAAAAAGAUUUGAGAAGGGGAUUUUCGCAUUAA